AUGGUCCCUUGCGUCAGUCACCAGCCCCAUCAUGGUAAAUUGAAGCGAUGGAUGACAGAAUGGUAAGGAAAUUUUAAAACGUAAUUUUGUCAUGGAAAUACUUGAACGCAAUUACCAUCUUUGUAUUUUAGUAAUGGUCUUUUCAUAAGAACUUGUUUUGCCAGAAUGCUCCCCGGGUGUGAUGAAUUGUACUAAAACUGUCUGUACCAGUGUAGGUAGUACCAAUGUGAAAAUGCUGUGCUGAGUGAUUAUAUUACUACCUUAAAAAAUAAGCAGAAACUCGACGUUUCGAGCGAAGGCCCUGUGUUCAUGUGAGUGUUUUUAUCCCACCUUAGCAUCCAACCUCGGUGGGACGACAUUGUAUACGACAUCUAAAUAUUUUUACGUAACUAAACAAACUGCGUGCACCUUGUAUUACGACUUUAAUGAUAUACAUGGAAAAAAUUUUCAAUUCUGAUUGGCUAAUAGUAGUGCAAUUUUUUCGAAAUACGGUGCAAAUUUCAUUGACUAUUUAGGCUUUCUGAUUGGCUUAAAAUAUGAAACAAUAACAAAGAUAGCCAAUAAGAUACUGCAAUCUCCAGCAGAUAUAAUACAAAAAAACAAACAUUUAGGAGAUGUUUUGAUGUAUAUUAUUAAUAAGUAAUAGUAUGAUUUCUCGUGCAAUUUGAAAAAACAUACACUCGACUCGUGAGUUUUUCAGUCAAUGACUUCAAAUUUUGAUAGUGCAUGUUUUUUUCACUCGUGCAUGUUUUUUCCAAAUUGCACUCGAAACCAUACUAUUACCUAUACAAAUAGUGUCUGUUUUGGUCAAUGUUCAUGUUUUGUUUGUAUUUUUCAACUGUGCCUUUCAAUACUAUAUUAGAAGCCAAAAUCGGGAAAAAAUGUCCAUCCUGGUCAGGUGGGAUAAGUAUGGAAAAUGUUUUGCCACUUGACUGAGAUGUGCUCACCUAGCGGCUCGUUUCUCAUAUAAACAACUGACUGAUUUUAUAUGAGUUACACAUGAGGAUAUCUUGCUUAGGUGAGUUUCACGUGAGUUCAAGUGAGCUAAUAGAGACCUUAUUAAAAGCCCAUUUUCCACUAGGCGAAUUUGUUCGCGCGAACAGUAAAAAAGCAGGAAUUACUGAUUUGAGGCUCACCAAGGGUGUAACCCAGGUCGCUUGUCACUCAUUUUGUAGCUGCUUUGUCACUUGUUUUAUUGUGAUAAAUGUCGCUGUCACUUUUGACCCAUAACACAACCCCAGUCAGGAGCUGUCGUUUGUCUCUCCUUUUUAAGGAAUGUCGCCUGUCGGUCAUAACCCCUCGGUGGGCCUCUGAUUUCGCGGCGAAAUUUUUCGCUAACCAUUCACAUCUAGUGUCCACAUUGCCAAGAUUUGUUUUUCGCUUCGCACGAACAAAGCCGCCUAGUGGAAAAUGGAGGCACCUGAAGGUAAGUUCUACAAGUUUUCGACAGCCAAAUGCUAAUUUCUGCUUUUAGUUUGACAUCUAAAUGCGAUUUAGAGAUUAAACUCUAAAAGACAAAGCCACAGGUAAUAUGACCUUUUUUUACUUUCUCAAAGUUAGGGGACCGGUUGUUCAAAGCUGGGUUAGUUUAACCCCCAGAUUAACCUAAAAUUGAAUGCAAACUUCCUCACAGCUUGUCUAUAUUAAAAUUUGGAAAUACUUCUUCAGCUAUCUUGUCUCUGGAUCGAUAGGAGUUUACUUUUUUGAAGUUUGGAAACAAACAUACUUGUAGAAAUACACGAGCUAAAACAGCAGGUUAAAUUUAAUUAACCCAGGGUUAGCGCUAACCCACCUUUGAACAACCGCCCCAGGGUGUUUACUGCUCGGGAAUACUCCGAACAGUAAAUGGAGCAACCCGGAUUUUUGGAACACUAAUUGAAUCGAACCGAAAACGGUCACAUGACUGUUCUGACUGCCCCUACUCAAAAGUAGGGGCAGUCAGAACAGUCAUGUGACUAUUAUUGGUUCGAUUUAAUUAGUGUUCAGAAAAUCCAGAGAACUCCGAUUUAAUAGCUUUGGUUCAGCAACUUUUGUGGAAAAGGGACGUAUUUAUGAUUGGCUGUUCAAUCAAUGGCGGGAAAUUCAUGCUCUACUUGCGCAUGAGCAGUAGCGACUUAGUCAAACAGUGAAUUCAAGAUGGCUGACUCUGAGAUGUUAUUUUCAAUAGUUUUGGUGAUUAUAACGUUUUUCUUAUACGGUUUAAAAUGGGCAGUUUUAAUAAGUAUAACUAUUUUUCUUUGCGCUCUUUUUCUUUCACUUUCAAAUUCUCGUGGAAAUGGAAAUGCAAUUAAAAACAAGCCCAAUGAGAGUGGAGAAUAUUGUGAUUAUUUAGACCAUGAUUCAUAUUAUACUGAAAGUCCCACUGCUAGAAAUAUGGAGUCAAGAGGGUAUGGAACGAGGGUUGUGAAAAAUAUAGUCCGAAGAAAUCCAACUUUGACACAGAAUGUACCGUUUAAUGAUUUACAAAUGUACAAAAUGCGACAACAAAGACACAUCUCAAGUUUAAGAUCACCAGAGCCACUUUUGUCCCAGGUUACACGACAUCUAUCUUUCAAGUAAGCUUAAUACUACCCAAAUAUGAACAAUUUAUUAGGUUUAUUUAUUUAUUUAAUGCUAUGUUUCAUGUUGUAUGCUGAAAAUAUACAGGUUAUCCUGGGAAUAGUGUGGCAUGCCUUGGCACAUGCCUCGGAAAAAUAUAUUUAUAAAGACCCUAAGGGGCUGUCAACAAAUAGAUUUCGUCCACCGAUCGCGGACUUGUUCCCCACUUGUUCCUCUAUUUGUCGACAGCCCCUAAAUGUAUAAUAAUACAUUUCAAUAAAAAUUAUGUAGCAUAAGGUUCUGACGUCCAACACAAUAGUCUAACUGUGGAAAGUGUUUUACGUUUGUGACAAUAACAUACAUCACGGUAUGUCCCUUCCAUUGCCAGCUCAUAAAUGCUAGGCUUUGCUUUUAACAGACUCUGCCGAUUCAGAAUCCUAUUGUAUUUAGAAUGAAAAAAGUAUUGCACAGAAUUGCAAUUAAGGAAUGUGAUUCAUUGCACCUGGCCCACCCUUUCCUUCUUGACAUGGCCUGCGAAUGUUAAUAAUUUCUCAAUUUACUUUCAGCAAUAUAUCUUACUAUCACCCAGACAGAACAAGACUUAACCUAUCACCCAACAACAAGUCAGUGCCCUCAAUGCCUCAGAAACACUACAAUCCAUCAGACACCACGCUACCACAACCACCUUCACUGGAUAAAACAUCUAGUUUCAUUGAAGAAAGAUACAGUCCAAGACAGUUCAGUAUUAUAAGUCCUUCAAGAAAUAUCCCUCACAAUAUUUCAACUGUGAAGAUAAGUUCUCCUGGUGAUAACGAUUCUCGCUUUGCACUGUGAGUUUAAUAUUUAUAUACAGAACUAUUAAUAUCAGACAAUUUUACUUUUAUGAAGCUGGGUCCUUUGCCGAAUAUGCUGUAGCAUGCACAGUAAGAGUAUAAUGUUUAUAUAAUGUUGCAAUUUGUCAUGUACAAUACAUAUUCUGGAGUAUGUAAUUGCAUAAGCACUCAUAAAAUGGUUUUGCCUUUCAAAUUUCACCAUAAACUAAAUGAGGAUUUGUGAUGUCAGCAGUAAUUUUCAUACACUAGAAUAUGAAUCAUACGCAACAAAUUGUAGCAUGUAAACAUAGUGCUAAUAAACUUAUUAUAGAACUCUAUUACAUAAAUAUUUUAGAAGAUAUGGUAAAUUUCUUGAUUUGUUUUUACUUCAUCAUGUGAUUUAGUGAAUCAAUCCUUCACAAAAGAUUAGAAAGGACAAAAGACAAUCCAUGCAGCAGGCAAUCUGUUUUGUCUGCCCUUGGUCAGAAAAGCAGGUGAAUAUUAAGUGACUUUUAAUACUCAGUUGUUGUAGUUAUUGCCUUUGUUUAUCAAAUAUCAUUACAUUUGUAGAAAGCGAUCAGCAUAUGACUCUGAUAGCUCUAUGGUGGAAUCGUAUUCUGUAAAGAAAAGGUCAGCUAGCUAGUUUGUUUUUUGGAACAUUGUGGUAUCUUAUGGUCAUCACUAUCAUUACUGUUACUAUCUCCAGUGCCCUCAUCAUUACCAUCAUCACCAACUCCACUAUCAUCACCACUAUAACUACUUCCAUUAUAAAUUAUCACCAUCAUCAACAAUAUUGCUCACAUUAUCACCACCAUCAUCAUCAGUAGAACUACUCCCAUUAUCAUCAACAUUACAUUCAUUAUCACCUGGAUUAUAAUCACUAACUAUAACUACUUUCAGUGUCAUCACCACUUUUACCAUCAUAACCACCAUCAUCAGUAACAUUACAUUUAUCACCACCAUCACUAUCAUCAUCAGUAACUGUAUGUUAAUACAUUCAUCACCAUCAUCAUCGGCAUGUAGUAAAACACUGACUACCGGAACACCACCGGAACACCGGAACACCACCUAACCCUAACCCCAACCCUAACCCCCAACCCUAACCCCCAACCCUAACCCUAAUCCUAACCCCAAACCCUAAUCCUAACCCUAACCCCAAACAAAAUGGUGGUGUUCCGGUGUUCCGGUAGUCAGUGUUUUACUACAUGCCAUCAUCAUCAUGACCACCAUUAUCAGCAACAUUACAUUCGUCAUCACCACUACAAGUUGCCAUUAGAAAAUCACCAUUAUCUUCACAAAUACUCCACAUUUCUAUCUUCAGACGACGUGAUGACCUUGAUGACUUUCUGGAUGCAGUAAACAAUCCACUAUCAUCCCCAUACACUGGUGUAAAAUCACCAAAAAGAGCAUAUUCUCACUCUAUUUCUGGGAAGCCCGCUUUAGAAAUUACUUCAAAAAGAAGUAAAGAGAAUGAAACAAGACCUGACAGCGAAUCAAGUCCACCUUUGUAAGUAUACAUUACAAAUGAUUUUAUAUAUCAUUGUAUUUUUCUUGAAUUUAUGUAAGAUUUUAUAUUUAGGAGGAAUUUUACCAGCAGUGCAUUUGAAGAUAGUGGUGUAGAUGUCAACUCUCCAACUAAAAUUUUGCAAGAGAAUGUUUUGACCCAAGGUACAGUUCUGUAUUUUGAUUAUAUUGUACCUUAACCCAUUGAGCACCCAUAGCAGGAAAUAAUGGUGGAUCCUGGUAUCUAGGAUUUGGCUUAACUGGCAGAACAUUUUCAGACCUGUCUUAGCUUGCAGUAAAUUUUAGGCCAUUGCAUAAUGCUGUGACAAUAGAGGUGUGCAAAUCCGAUUCGUUCGCAUUUCGGAACAAAAAUAUUCAUUUCGGGGUGGAUCGGAUUGAUAAAGUUGUUUCGUAGUCGGAUCGGACUUCGAUAUUCGAAAUAAAAUGAAUUAAUUAUCCACGGCAACGCGGUUGUCGCUGCAUUAUUCGUUUGAUAAUUCAAUUGGACGUCACUUUGUCAGCUUCUUGACAUGUACAAUCUUGCUUUUAUAUUUAUUUGGUUAAAUAUUUCCACUUGAAUGAGAAAUUUAUUUUAUUAAAGGAUUCUUCGGGUCCGGGAUCGGAAUUCUUUAUCAAAACUCGGAUCGGAUUCGGAUUAGACAAGUUCGGAUCGGAUUGGAUUUUAAACAUUAGCCAAUUGUCGGAUUAUAAACGUCCAAUCCGAUCCGAUGCGCAUCUCUAGCUGACAGGCACAGAAAAUAAUUUAUUAGGAAGAAUAUCAGUGAGCUCGGCAAAAAACGUUGACCCCAAAACUCCAGAAACAAAUAUUAUUUCCUGCUUUGGGCCAGCGAUCUCUCCUUGACGAAUACGAUCGUCUGGCGUUAGACAGAGUAAAAUGUUUAUAAAAUAGGGCACAUCAGGGUGCAAUGCAACGCAAUGGGUUAAAGUGUCACAACCAUUGAUAGAACAACUUCUGGGCAUUAAAAUCAUAACUAACUACCCCUUGGAGAACUUUGUCAAUUGUGAAACUUGGUAAGGCUUUCCGUCCACCUCAGAGUGGUAAACAUAUUAAAAUAUUUUUAGCCAAGGUGGUUCAGCCGACCAAACUGAGAAAGCGAAAAUCAGUUACAUUUUCGGACAAACUUGUGAAUGGACGUGGGGGUUGUUCUGAAGAAGAAGAACUGACACUUGAAGACGGAGAGAUUCAAGAUGCGAGCAAUUUCAAGAAACAUUCUCCGGAGGAUUGUUCACAGAUUUUUCGUGUAAGUUCCACUUAAGAAGGUGGUUAGUCGAGAUACGCCUUUCCCCUCAAGAGAUUGAGUGCCUCUGGUUUGAUUCCAUUUUCUCUAGGAAGAACAGAUUAGAACUGAUAUUGUUAUAUCCAGUAGAAGUAAAGUUAGUUUCCUUUAGCUUUCCUCCUGUAGUAACAUUGAACCAAUAAGGGAUAAAUCCAUUCUGCAUUUCUAGGAAGUUUUGAAAGUUUGAAACUGAUCCAGUAUGAAUAAAGGUGUUUGGUUUAGGUUUCUUUCUGUACCAAUUAUACUUAGCCAAUAAAUUAUGAUCUUUUACUGAAACCCAAGGAAGAAUAGUGUAGAACUGAUCGAGCUACCCUGUACAGUAAAUUAAGUUUAAUAAUUAAUUAAGAAGUUUCCAGUUCAUAAAGUACCAAAUCACAUACUACUCACUGAAUUUGAGAGCGAAAUUUCAGAUUACACGUUUAUAUACAUUUUUUUAUUCAGAUUGGAUUUUCCCCACGAAAAUCACUUGCACCAGAAUACCUGUCAUCCAGCCGGACAGAGGUGAGUAAAUUACUUGUUUUCAAAGGUUCACGAAUUUUUGUUAAACUAAGUAGGGCGAACUUGCAUAGCAAACGAUAUUUUCGUCUAUUUUAAGAGCAAGAAAUCACCCCGCCGUCGUCACGGUUCAAAUAUAACUUGGAAAGAUCUUCAGGAGAACAGGCGCGAAGCUUGGCGAAGAUCACAGAAACUUCUGGAUGAUAUAGAAGAAUCAUUUUCUAAGGAAAUAG